AUGGUCUGCUCUUCAGAUCCUCUUCUAAAGGAAUACUGGAUCGAUGAUGAAGACGAAUGGGAAGAGUUGGAUUCAAUUAUCAAGGUGUUGAGAGCGUUCAAAGUAUCUUCAGAAACCAUGUCCCAAAUUGGUUCUGGAAGCUCUAUUGCCAACAUAAUCCCUCUACAAUGUCCUACUGGACCAACUCGAGGACGCAAAGGAAAACUCAAUCACCGAGGUUGUAAAUUUAGAUGUCAAAUGUAUUUCCAAAGUCCAUAUGACAUUAGUGUCAGACUAUUAUGGCAAAUAAAUAUUGAAUACUUUUUCAUUCUCAUUCUCAUUGUAGACAAACAUACAUAUUUGAAUAUAUAUGUUGCAAAGAUUGUAUGGAGAUAUGCAAAGCAGAUAACAAGACACAUUAUAGCAAAUCAUCAUCUAUAUCGCGAUAGUAAAACACCUGCUCUCAUCAAAAAGUACAAUCAUCCUUCGAUAACAUUAGAAUGGAUGUUAAAGAAUGGGUUCAGUGGUCUACUUGCUGACAAGGUUUAUUUGGGUCAAUAUAUAACAAUUGAGAGUAUGAACUGGAUUCAAUAUGCAACAUUGGAGAACACAAAAUCAAUCCCAGUCACCUUGUUGGCCGACUGGAUGCAUCGAACCAUUCAAUUCAAUAACUUACCAAUCAAUCAUAUGAUAAGAGUGGUUUCACAAACCAAGAAUCCUCUUCUUAUCCUUAUUAUAAUGGAUAAAUAUUUACAAAUUACAUCUUCUUCUUUAAUGUCAGCUGAUAAAAAGACACAAGAACUUGAUGAUAAUAAUAAUAAUAAUAAUAAUAAUAAUGUUGGACAAGAAGAUAAACAAAAGAAUCCAUAUCCUCUGACAAUAGAUACAAUUGCCAAAUUAUAUCAUUGUAGUUAUAAGAGUGGUAAUAGAGAGUUGUUAAAUAGAGUAGUAGAUUUUAUCGAUAAGGCAUUUGAAACGAGGAUCGAGUCAAGUGCAAUCAACUUUAUCCUUACCACUAAAUACUACUACUUUAUUCACUAUGCACGUCGAGUAUACCCGGACCUCAUCAAGAGCCAUCCAUUGCGGUAUAUCCCAUUACACUAUAAAAAACAAUUGGUUGAAUGUCUAAUGUCAGACUAUGACAUGAUAACCAUCUCUGUACAAACCUUUGAAAACUUUAUCAACAACAUUCCUCUUGUCAACUAUUAUCCAAGAGGUAAUUCAAAAUACUCUCAUCUAAUCGAUUUAAUUCAAUAUAUUUGGAUUAAAAUUAGUCAUAAUGUAAAUAAUAAUCAAAAUAAUAAUAAUAAUAAUAAUUGUAAUAAUAAUUGUAAUAAUAAUGUAAAAAAAGUAAAUUGUAAUAAUAAUCAAAAUAAUAAUCAAUAUAAUAAUAAUAAUAAUAUAAUAAUGAUGUUUGAAAAAAUAGAUAUAUUUGUUGAACAAUUGUUUACAGAUUUGGAUAGUAGUAAAUGGAAAGGUAAAAUCAUUAGUACAACCUACUCUAUAAACUAUUGUACUGUCAAUGAUUUAAAGACGAUUAUAAGACUCAUUUGCACACUCAACUAUAUCAACCAACAAUUCAAUAUUGGCAAUUUAUCAUUUGUGCGAUUCUCCUGUCACAACCUACUAUCAAUCUUUGAUUUACCAAACUCUGUAUUUCAAUAUAUCAUGGCACUUUCCAAGACUAUUGAUGUCCCCCGUCACCAACUUUUAAAUGGAGCACUUAAAUCAAACAAUAUUGAUAAUAUAGAAAUUCUAUUAAAGCAACAAAUGAACAAUAACAAUAAUACUAAUAACAACAAUAAUAAUAAUAACAAUAAUAAUAAUAAUAUUAAUAAUAAUACAAAGGAAAUAUCAUGGAAAGCAAAUACUAGACAAGUACAUGAAUAUCUUUGGACAAAUACACAGUUGGGUGCAAAUGAAGGAUUGACAAAGAGCCGAUACGAUGACAUACAAGUGGCCAUUAAAAAUGUUGAUCAUCUCUAUUUGGACUAUUUACUCGAUCUCUUUCGCAGCCAGCUCGAGGUAUCUCAGCUCAUCCCCAUCAUAGAGUCGGCAGGGUUGGUCGACCAAAAUAUGGCACUUAAGAUCUUUCACAAGUUUGUGUCGACUGUCCACCCGGUCUUUGUCAAUACCAAGUGCACUAUGGCCGGUAGCUUGGGCUGCCAGUUUGUAGUGCGCACCUUUUCCUCACACCUGUCAAUCUAUUUUAAAGAUGACACUGAAAUCCACCCCAACUCUGCCAUGUGUAUCGUCACCACGGCCAUGGUUAUGGGCGAAACCAACAUGCUCAAAUACUUUUCAAACAAAGUAAAUAUGGUACUUGACAUGUCAGAGGCAUUGUGUCAUACAGAUACUUGGAGGUAUCUCGUGACUGACCACUUGACCAAACUUCGUGUUGGCAAAUUUACAAAAAACUAUCCUCUGAAACCAGAGUUUAGAAAACGGAUCAUUGAAAAGGGCAACCUGUCCAUGUUUAGAGAAAUGCUAAAGGACAGUAGGAUCGACGAGAAUCAAAGUUUUUUCAUGCCAAUUGUUAAAGAAAUGGUUUUGGUUGCACUAGAAUAUAACAAGCUUAAAAUACUUGAAUAUAUUCACUACAAUGUUGUAAAGUUGGAUUAUAGUAAUAUCAAUCCAAAUUCCAUCAAACCUACAAUCCGAGCAAAUCAAUUAAAAUCAAUUAAAUAUCUUGUUACUUGUGAAACUAAUAACAACAAAACAACAACUAAAAAGAAAACAAUGACAUCAAACGAUCAACCAAAACCAGUAUCAUUAAAACUACAAACAAAAUUAAUGGAAAUAACAAAAGAAAUUGGUCAAAUUCCAAUUUAUAAUUAUUUAUUUAAUCUAAAUCAAAUAAAUCAAAUCAAAUAA